AUGGCAACGAGCGAUAGCAAUUCAUCAGUGCAAAUGCAAAUUUCCCGCGUAGCUGUGAAAGCUCCACCAUUUUGGCGUGUCGACCCUCUUUUGUGGUUCAAGCAAAUGGAAUCUCAAUUUUUGAUGGCUGGUGUUACGCAAGAUGCGACAAAAUUUCAUACCGUCGUGGCUUCAAUUGAAAGCAAUAUAUUGGAAAAGGCAGCAGAAAUUAUUGUAAAUCCUCCUUCGGAAAAUAUGUAUGACACGCUUAAAAAUAAAUUGAUUAGCAGUUUUACCGAUUCCGAGGAGAAGCGUCUCAAAAAGCUGUUGACAAAUGUUGAACUCGCGGACAAAAAGCCAUCCGAAUUGUUGUGGGAAAUGCGGUCUUUAUCACAAGGUAAGGUGUCAAAUGAUGUUUUGAAGCAGCUUUGGAUGCAGCGGAUUCCAACUCAAAUGAAGACAAUUUUAUCCGUCAGCGAAGAUGGUCUGGACAAAUUGGCUACCAUGGCCGAUAAGAUUGCUGACUGUAGCGAAUCAGAAAUAUGCUGUUUUUCACCUCCUGUGAAUCGUUUGGAAGAAAUUGAAAAGAAGUUGGCUAGCCUUUGCAUACAAAUAGAAUCAUUUCGUAAGUCCAGAAGCCGCAGUAAGUCAUCAUCUUCAAGACGUUCACAUUCAAAAUCCGGCAGCAAAGCGAAACCUUAUUGCUGGUAUCAUUUCAAAUUUGGAGAAAAUGCCAGGAAAUGUGUAGCUCCAUGUACGUAUAAAUCUUCAACUUCGGAAAACUAA